AUGACAAAAAUAAUCGAGACUGAGAUUCCUGAACAAAUUGUUCUUGAAGGUAACAUUCGAUUUCCGUUGGUGAUCAAUCCGAGCAACGAGAUUCACAACCUAGAUGACACACUGAAAUUUAUUGCUGAUCACCGUGAUGAACUAUUAAAACGUUUACUACAACAUGGUGCUGUAUUAUUUCGUCAUUUUCCAAUUGAUAAUCCUUCUGACUUCAAUCAGUUUGCGUUAGAAUUUGGCUGGAAAGAUUUACCAUAUAUUGGUGGAGCAGCUCCACGUAGUAGAGUUGUCGGUGUUGUAUUUACAACUAAUGAAUCACCACCAUCUAAACCGAUACCAUUUCAUCAUGAGAUGGCUCAAGUACCAAAAUUUCCAUCACAUUUAUUUUUCUAUUGUGAUAUACCAUCAAGUCGAGGUGGUGCAACACCUAUUUGUUAUUCACCAUUAAUUUACGAAACAAUUCGUCAAGAACGACCAGAAUUUGUCGCAAAACUUGAGGAGAAAUGUAUUCGCUAUACAAGAAUAUUACCGGAUGGAGAUGAUAAUUCGUCGGCGAUUGGGAGAGGAUGGCAAUCAACCUAUUUAACGGAAGAUCCUAAAAGAGCAGAAGAACUUUGUAAAGAACAAGGCACAGAUUAUGAAUGGCUUGAAAAUGGAUGUUUGAAAACGGUGACAAAAGUAUUACCAGCUAUUCGUUUAGAUGAAAGAACUGGAAAACAUUCGUGGUUUAACUCGAUUGUUGCUGCGUAUAAGGGCUGGAGAGAUAGCCGUAAUGAUCCUAAAAAAGCCGUAACAUAUGGAGAUGGCACAGAGAUUGAAGAAGAAUAUAUUGAAUUUUGUGAAACAUUGAUGCAAAAAUUGUGUGUGUCAUUCAAAUGGGAAAAGGGUGAUGUUCUUUUAAUUGAUAACAAACAAGUAUUACAUUCCAGAGAAGCAUUUGAACCACCAAGAAAAAUAUUAGCAGCCCUGUUUCAAUAA